AUGGAAAGUAACGUUUUCAGUUUGCCGGAAAGUUUUGACACCGGCGACGGUGGCCUUGGCCGCCACGGUUCGAGGGAAAGUGAGCAUGCUGAGAUCACACAUCUGUGCCGUGCCACAGAUGUGUUUGAGAAUUGGAGCAAUGCGACCCCAGCAGAGCUUCAUGAAAUCCAGCUUUGGAGCGGCUACGGCCAAAGACAGAGGAAGCGUGACCGUGAUAGGCAAGCUCAGAAAGAGGUUUUUUGUUUCGUGCUGGAUCGUUGCUUUCUGCUCCGGUCGCCGGUGCGAUUGAAACGGGAGCAGUUUCAAGGCAGGCAGUUGCAGCGUGUGUAUCGUCCGACCUAUGAGGUGUACAAGCUUUUGAGUGAAGAGCCAGGGCAACACUUGAUGGCUUGUCCUUCUGGGGGAGAUUUGCUCCCAGAGUUGAAGCGGGAGAAAGGGUGGUUGGUGCAGGUCCCACGGGGCCUGGCCGUUCUGUCUCAGACACAGGCAGUGGCCACACCACUGAAUCUGUGGAUGCCGGGGAGCAUGAUGGCAGGCUUGCACGUUCAGGUAUCCCGUACCCCCUCAGCUCAGCCUCAGGCGGCUCAGGAACUGGAACCGGCAGAGGCAGAGGCGGCAGAGGCAGAGGGGUCAGCAGACGGUGCUGAAGAAGUUCCGGAAGAACGUGCUAAAGCAGCACGUGGAGUCGCUGGAGCUAAGGCCAGAUGGAACAAAAGCAUUGUGCGUUUGAGCUCCAUGCAGGAGAUACAAAUCGUCAGGUUAAACUUCGCCAUGCAGAAUGCCAAGGACAUUCCUGUCGUUGUGAGCUGCGUGGCCCGUUUCCUGGAGCCGAAGCUAGGGCCCUUCGACCCUGAAGCUCUUCAGCAGAUGCUUGAGUCUGUGCCUGGUAAGUACAAACUCCACACCCAAAUGCUUCGCCUGGAUUGGCUUCACAUGCACCACAGAAGAUGUCUGAUGGCAGAGCAAGCCCUCUGUUCUCACACGUCUGUCAGCAGAUUCUUGAGCAUGGAUGCCAGCCCCCAAGGGGGGUACGAAUACUUGGCAAUGACAGAGGAAGUUCUUGUGAGAAAGUUGCCGUUCAUGCCACCGGCAGACCCAUUUAAAGGUUUCUCACACGAAUUUAGGUUAAUGCCUGUCAUGACUUUGGCCAGAGGAGAGGCCAGGACAUUUGUCAAGGCCCAAAGGUUGAAGUCUGCAAUAAUCCUGGAGGCUGGAGAGCCUCAUUUCCAGCUUUACAGGAAACAAGUGAAGGGCUGGGUUUCAGAUCAAGGAACGGAGCGAUUGAUACCGGAAUGGCCCAUAGGCGACGAGGCUGCCAUGAAAUCCUUAGCAGCAUCCUUGAAGGAGGAGGCCACCCUAGAAAACCUGGCUGCUGGCACAAGUGAAGCCUUCCUUUUCAACAGCCUGAAGCAUCCAGGGAUCAUCCACGUGCUCUUCAAUUCACUUGAAGAGUGCUGCAAAGGGUGCCCAAGGUGGGAUGCAGUCGAAAAGCAGGUGUCUGCCGUCUCGAAGCUUUUGACGAACAGAAGCUAUAAGGAGAUCGUGGUUUCAGUCAUGCUGAAGCAUGCCAGCGGAGAGCACAGGCGGAUUGUUCAACGAUACCAUGGUGAACUGCUGUCCUGGCGGUGGGAGAGUCUCCAUGUAACGUUGAAGAACUACUUGGAGGUCAGGCCGAUUCUGUUGGAGCAUUGGGAUCGUUCUCUUUGUCCGAUGCUGCUUUGUGCGACAUGGUCGAUGCUGCUCUGA